UGUACCAAUUAAGAUAGGCACAAAUAUAAUGAAGGGGAUACCAGUUAAGAGAUUACAGAGCAGCCGGUGAAAUCGUGAAUUGAUUUCCCAAAUUAGACCAACCGUUGAAUCCCACCUACGCUUCCCACUUCUCUCUCUUUCCUUCGUUGGCCCCCCAUUUCUGCAUCUUCGCCAUUUCUGAAAGAAACGGGGGAUCACGACCAUUUUAUGGGAAGAACAAAAUUCUCAUCAACAACAAAAAUAAGCAGCAUUUGAUUAUCCCAUUUAUGGAUCUCUGAAGAAAAAAUAAAUCUUCCCAAUCUACCCUUUUCCUAAUUCUUCAAUAUCAACAUUUCGAGGUUACUCUUUUGGAACAUUUUAGCUGUUUCUUCAAGAUCAGGGAAAACAAAUUACCUGGGGAGCAAAGGUUUUAAGGUCUUUCGAUUUUCCAAACCCUAGAUUCGAAUUUGGGGAAAAUAAUUGGGGGAUUUGGGUCCGGCCCAAAUGGAAGGAAGCUUGGGAGGACUUAAAUUUUGUUGAAGAUUUGAUUUUUCCCCAUGUAAUGUAUGGAUCGGACAUUGUCGAUUUGGGUCUUCUUCUGUUUCUUUGCUAUUUCGGUGCAAUCUCAGGGAAAUGUAAAUCCUCCCAAUUCACAAUCACCGCCGCCGCCACCAUAUUCUCCUCCGCCACCACCUCCACCGUCGCCGCCACCUCCACCAUCACCUGUGCCUCCUCCCCCUCCACCUCCCCCUUUAUCACCUCCCCCGCCGCCUCCACCAUCGGCUCCUCCUCCACCUCCUCCGCCUACCCAAAGAGCUCCUCCUCCACAUCACCACCAACACAAAAACCACCAUAAAUCUGACGUUAAAAGCCCGCCACCACCACCAUCAAAAGAAAAGACGUUAAAUUGGGGGAAGAGACUUGGGUUAAUGUUUGUGGGCAUUGCGGCGAUCUUGCAAGUCUGUGUGGUGGCGUUUCUGAUAAUUAAGAGAAGGCAAUUGUUGAAGGCUGAUACUAGAUUUUGAAAAGAUACACAUUUGUAAUUUGAAUUUGUUUAUGGAUUCCAUUUCUUUGACUAAUUAUUUGUUAGCUUGGCGGAGCAUGUUUUUAUAUAUAGCUAGAGUGAGUUAUACAGUUUGAGAUUCUUUAAAACAACCAGCUUUGGCAAAUGAAUUAUGGCAAUCCAUGGAUUACAAAAGGAUUCAGCGGAAGAUUGGUGUCUGCAUUUCUGUUUUCGCUCUUGUAAAUUGGUAAUUCUUGAUUGGCAUUAAUUAUUAGCAAAAUAUUUCCAUUAUUUUUCAUUGUUCUUUUUGUUGGGAUUUUGUCCAUUUUUCUUCUGACAUUUUAUUGUGAAUAUUAUGGUUUUGUUUA